AUGGUGUCACCUUUUGAGGUUUUAUGUGGUUGUUGCUCUCCAUGUGGUUUUUGGUUUGAUGGCGUGCGGAUUAGUAUUAAUGGCAAGUCAUAUUUGGUUACGACGCUACUGAGAGAGGGAGAAUUGACCGCACUUUACCAAGUAAAAUGCCCAAAACGCAGCCAUUCAGGAGGUGUGUACGCUCUUAAGAAAGUUACAUGUCCCAUUGGUAGAGCAGAUUUCGUAACGCGUGCGAUGACUGAGAUAAGCAACUAUCAGAGGUUUAAUAGUCCGUAUAUUACGAACAUCCUGGACUUCCAAGUAGCGCAGCACGAUAAUGGGACGAAGAUCAUAUACAUGUUACUGCCCUACUUCCCUGCUGGUUCGCUGCAAGAUCUAAUUAACAAUAUGAUCAUUCGUGGGGACUCCCUUUCAGAGUCGCGAGUGGUACGGCUAAUGCUAGACAUUUGUAGGGGUGUGCGAUGUAUGCAUGAGCCUAGUGAAAGUGAUUUCCGGGACCCGUACGAUGUUGCAUACUUCGAUGCUGCAUCCCUGAGGUAUAGCGAUGAAACUCAUCUGCUUGUUGAUGCAAUGGAACUGGACCUACUAUCCCCCCCGUUAACAAAUUCUGAGCCAAGCGCAUAUGUCCACUGUGGUUUAAACCCCGAAAACAUAAUGCUUAGCUCAGAGGGGCUACCUGUCAUUUACAAUAUGGCAUCCUGUGUAAGGGCUCCAUUAGAACUCACGUCGAAUUCAAAACUCCUAGGUUUACAAGAAUGGCUAAAUGAAAAUAGCUGUCUACCUUAUACCUGCCCAGAAUUACUAGACCUACAUCCCAAUACAUCGAUCACUAAUCGCUGUGAUAUAUGGUCCUUGGGUUGCAUAUGCUAUGCACUAAUGUACAGCAUCUCCUCAUUCGCAAGGGAGCAACAACUCUGCGGUACCCCCAUCAAACACUCCAUCUCUACUGGUAACUUUUCAUUUCCCGAUGAGCCUCGUUACUCUCAAUCCUUGAAGAGAAUCGUUCAACGAUGUCUCGUCAUAGACCCACAUAAAAGACCCGAUAUAUACGAGACCCUAGCACAAUUUCAAGAACUUCUAGAUACAUCCUGA